CCACGGCGCAGCUGCGCAGCUCCGGAUACUGCGCAGGGCUCCGCCACGCGUGACCCGCCGACCCUGAAGUCUCUGCGCUGUCAUGGCGGCCGUGAGGGCCCUAGUGGCCCCGAGGCUGGUGGUCGCCUCCGCGUUUGCGCCGUUCCCCGAGCUCCUGCGGCCGAUGUCUCUCUGUGGGCUGGCCCCCUCCCCGCGCGCGGCCCUCCACGGCUCGGCGCCGCGCCCCGGGGCCAGGGUUGCGCUAGUGCUGUCGGGCUGCGGAGUCUAUGACGGGUCGGAGAUCCACGAGGCCUCAGCGAUCCUGGUGCACCUGAGCCGUGGCGGGGCUGAGGUCCAGAUCUUUGCCCCUGAUGUCCGUCAGAUGCACGUGGUCGAUCACACCAAGGGGCAGCCUUCUGAGAGUGAAAGCAGGAACGUCUUGACGGAGUCAGCCAGGAUCGCCCGAGGCAAGAUCUCUGACCUGGCUCAGCUCAAUGCAGCCAACCACGAUGCUGCCAUCUUCCCUGGAGGCUUUGGAGCUGCCAAAAAUCUGAGCACAUUCGCUGUCGACGGGAAAGAUUGCAGAGUCAACCAGGACGUGGAGCGGGUCCUGAAGGAGUUCCACGGAGCUGGGAAGCCCAUUGGCCUGUGCUGUAUCGCGCCUGUCCUUGCGGCCAAAGUGCUCAGAGGUGUUGAAGUCACCGUGGGCCAUGAGCAGGAAGAGGGUGGCAAGUGGCCUUACGCAGGGACUGCCGAGGCCAUCAAGGCCCUGGGCGCCAAGCACUGUGUGAAGGAUGUGACCGAAGCUCACGUGGACCAGAAAAACAAGGUGGUCACGACCCCGGCCUUCAUGUGCGAGACCGCCCUCCACCACAUCCACGACGGGAUCGGGGCCAUGGUGAAGAAGGUGCUGGAACUCACAGGGAAAUGACGCGGAUCCGGCGGCCACCCAUGACAGCUGGGCACAGGGCCAGAGCUGCCUUUCUGUUUGACUUCAUGUUUUCUGCUUGAGCAGGGAGCUCUGCUGUGGGACAGGGGUCUGGCCUGAGGCUCCUCGACACAGGAGGGUGGCCAGCCACACCUUGGGCAGCUGAGCAUUCCUUGUCCACCCCUGAGGAGCAAGCAGUCGCCACUUCCCCUAGCAACUGUCCCUGUCCAGGAGAGACCCUGAGGGAAAUACCACGCUGUGGUCUGGGUUUGGAAGAAAACGAAUUGUUAUGUUACCUUUCUGAUAAUCAGGAGACCAGAAGUGCACGCUGAUGGGUGGAGACCCUCUGGUCUCAAGUGGACGCUGAUUAAGGGAGGGACUUUCUGUAGCAGGCAGUCCUUUAGCUGCAGCAUGGCUCCUGUCCAAGCUGGAAACUCCUGACAGGGACGUCUGGGCCCUCUGGAAUUGGUGAAUGGGCUGUAUCCAUGAGGUUUCCUAAAUCAGCCUCAGUUCUCUUAGUUUGGGGGGUAGGGGGAAAUUGAUGUCACUCAGCCACCCUCUGUGACUGGGUGGGUGGACUGUGGAUUCCCGGGUGGCAGAAGCUCACAGGUGUGUGGAGGGGGAAGAAUAAAGGCUGCUUGUGUGCUGGUGUCCUUCAGAUGAC